AUGGCUUUUGAUGGUUUUGGUGGCAGUAUUGCCUAUUACGAGAGUCUAUACAUUACAAUCAAAGGAGAAGAAAGAUCGUACACCAGGAUCCUUAAUCUGAUGAAGAGCAUUGACCUUUCUGAUAAUGAUCUAACAGGAGAAAUUCCCAUCGAAAUUGGAGCUCUUGUGGAGCUCAAGAACCUGAAUCUCUCGAGAAAUUUCCUCCACGGCCAUAUUCCAGAAACAGUUGGCAGUAUGCGUUCACUGGAGUCCCUUGAUCUCUCAUGGAACCAGCUUUCUGGUGUGAUUCCUCAGAGCAUGGCACCAUUACAUUUACUAAGGCAUCUCAACAUGUCUUACAACAAUCUUUCCGGGAAUAUACCACCGGGUUCUCAGCUUCAAACUCUCAGCGAUGAAGAUCCGUACAUAUAUGUAGGCAACAGCGACCUCUGUAGCCCUCUUGUUCCUGAGAGCUGUGCUGGGAACAAGGAGAAACAAGCUGGUCAUGAAGAACACACAGAUGUCCACGAUGUCUUAUUGUUUGUAUUUUCAGGACUCGGCUUCGGAAUUGGAUUGGCAGCUGUAUGGUGGGUACUUAUAUUCAACAAGGCAGUGAGCAUUGGCUACUUCCAGUUCGUCGACUCCAUAUGUGAAAAAAUCUGUGAUUGGAUGAUCCUAUUGAAGAUAAAGGUGAACAUGAAAUUGAUGGGAACCAGAGCCCAGAAUCAAGGUGAUUGA